ACGGUCCCUCUAAACGUUGUUGGUGUGCGCGGAGUGAAAUAAAUCAAAGUAAUUUCCGUCGAGCGCUGCAAAAUAAUGGAUCGCACUUUCUACGAAGGCUGGCUAAUUAAAUCGCCGCCCACCAAGCGCAUUUGGCGAGCACGUUGGCGGCGUCGCUGGUUCACACUGAAGCAGGGCGAGAUACCCGAGCAGUUCUGCCUCGAAUACUACACCGACCACAACUGCCGCAAGCUGAAGGGCGUCAUCGAUUUGGAUCAAUGCGAGCAGGUGGACUGUGGGCUGCGGCUGGAGAAUCGAAAGCAGAAGUUCCAGUACAUGUUUGAUAUUAAGACGCCCAAGCGCACCUAUUACCUGGCUGCCGAAACGGAGGCGGAUAUGCGCGACUGGGUCAACUGCAUCUGCCAGGUGUGCCAUCUGCAUGACACCAAGCAGUCGAAUGAGUUGCCUCUGGGAGCUGUGGGGGCAGAUGAUAACCGCACCCAGCACACAAGCUCCAGUGGCGGACUGAGCAACUCCACUCAAAAUACGACCACCACUUCGUUGCACUCCUCGGCUGGCACCACUGCGGCGAAUGCUGGAGGAGCGGCGGCCCAGUUGCGACGACCGGCGGUCAUUGAACAGCAACCGAUGCCCUCGAAUGCGGGCAACAACAACUCGGACUCGGUGUAUGUCAACACGGAGUAUAGCAAUCGCGAGACGAUGCUAUGCGAUGCCAAUUUCGAUCAGCAGGAUCUGCUUUCGGCUGCCCAGCAGCAACCGCCGCCAUCGCCGGCAACUGCUUUGUAUUUAAACCAUAGUGCUUUGAUCCAAGCUCAGGCAGCGGCAGCAGCUGCCAAACAACAACUGCAUCAGCAACAACAACAACAACAGGCUCGUCUGGCUGUAAACGCCAAUGGAGUGGUGCGAAAACUCCCAGAGCACCUGGUGCUCACCCAACAAACAUUGGCUGAGGAUACUGCCCAACAGGACAGCAGCAGCAGCGUUCAGGCUUCACCCGCUUUGAGCACCGCCUCGGGACCGUAUAUACCCAUUAGCGAAUGCUUUUCGGGUACCCCAAGAUUCCUGACCGGCAGUGCGAUUCCCGGAGGAGCAGAUGUGGCCAUACCAAACAAUCCCACAACGCCGUUGAACAACUUGGAUCCCAAGUUCUACGAUACGCCGCGUAGUCAUAAUAACAUCGGUUUGAAUCUGACCAACGAUCAAUCCAACUCACCCAAGAUCACCAAUUUGAGUCUGCAGCAAUUGGCCAACACCAAUGCCAGUAAACAACGUUCCGACUCGGAUUCAGAAAGCGUGUUCACCGAUGACGAUGAGUGGGCCCAUCCUUUGCCCCUGCGCGAGAAUGUUGAUCGCAGCACCCGACCCUCGGAUAGUUCCAUUGAGAAUGAAUCGUUUGUGCUGACCUACUCGCAGCGUUUCUCCAAAAUGCCCGAAGAAGGUGGAGCUGUGGUGCCGCCAGCUGACAAGAAUUCCAAGCUGGCGGGAGCAGCAUCUCUGGCAGAAGCUGGUGACCAACGAACGCUGGAGAAACUGGCCAAAGUGCUGAAGAACAAAAAUAAUCUCAUACUGGACUUUAAGGAGAAUGAAAAAAAUCCUCGCGAUCUGCCGCCGCUGUCGGAUACGGAAAACACUUCUCCGGCAAUUGUGGCUCGCCGUAAUGCCCAUUCAGCCACCAUCGAGGAAAGCUACGACAUUCCACGCUCCCACCAACUGCCCUACUACAAUCUCAACCAGCUGCUGAGCGAGCGACCAGUAACCAGUCCGCACAACUCCAAUCCCAUUGCGGCGUCCACACCGAAUCUCAUGGCAGCCGGCUUGGGCUCCAUGACUGCCAUAUUAACGGCAGCCAAUCCCGCCCAGAUUGGCGCUGCUCAGCCAGUCGCCUCUUCGCCCACCAGUGCGCGCACGUUGCCGCGACAUUGCUACACAAAUGCAGCGCCCACCAAAAUGGAGGGCAAUGUGUUUCGCUACGAUUUUGUGGAGCAAGCGGAUUGCCCGCCGGUGAAUCGCAAGCUCAAGCCAAAGGGUGUGGGUGGAUUACCUGCCGUUGAGGACAAGCCGCCGGAGGAGUUUCCCGCCAAGCCGCCGGUGGGUGUAGAGCAUUUGACCAGUAAACUGGGAGCAGCGCAGCUCCAGCAACCGAUUGGACCGCCCAGCGUGGACAGAAAGUGCAAGCCGAAUGCCUAUAAGUUGGCCACCAUGUCGCCGUCAACGCGUCGCUCCUCGGGAGCACCUCUAUCCAUGGUGCUGCCGCACGAAACGGAUGUCCAUUCGGCGGCAGGAGCCUCCUUCUUCCACGAAACCCGCACCCUGCCGCGCCAGCCGCAUCGUCAGCAUCCCAACAGUCCGGGCAGCAUGUCGGUGCAACAUCAACGCACUGCAUCGGCGGCAGCAGCCAUGACGAGCUUGGUGGGAUCGGCGGCGGCUGCUGCUGCUGCCGCCCCAAAGCAACAACCAGCAGCUCAGGCUGAGCACAAGCUACAGUACUUUGAUCUGGAUGUGACCAACAAACCGCCAUUGCUAAAUCGAUCCAGCAUGAGUGUGGGAAAUCUGUACUCGCAGGGUGGCAAUGCGGCCAGUGGAAUAAGGUUGGCUGGCGUGGAUGCGGGUGGAGUCCGGGCACCAGUGCCCAGCAGCGUGGUCUACAAUUUCGUGGACUUUGUCAAGACAGAAGCAUUUAAGAGGAUUCGGGAGGAGCGGCAGAGCAACGAGAGCAGCGGCAACAAGUGAAUCUGCUGGUUAAAACAUCUCACCAAUGACAACGUGCAAUAAGCAAGGACCACGUUGCGGAUCCGUAAUUUUUGUAGUGCCUAUCCGGUGGCCAGCUGGCCCCAAACAGAUAAAAAAAAAGUGCAAAUUCCGAGUGGCUUUUUUACAUUCAUCAACAUUGUCAAACUCACCACCUUUCAAACCACAUAUCUAGCUUGUAAGUCGGCAACACCAGCAUUUCUGGGUGCUGCUUUGAAUCUGUAAUCCGUACUCUGUAAUCCGUAAUCCGUAUCUGAAUUUAUGUCGUUCGUAUGCGUAUUUAAAUCGUGCUUCCAACACUUCCAUGUUUUAUUAUUGUUAAGCUUCGGAAUCAAAAAUAUAACAAUGACAAACGAUCUUAGUGCUAAUUUUACAAUGCAAACAACUUAUUUUAUAUACGCAAGCGAAAUAUUUAUAUAUAUACACGAAUUUUAUAUGGUAACAAAAUAUUUACAAUUUAUAAAUGUAACACGUGUGCGACACAAGCUGUAGCUUGAUUUUGUGCUUUAAAAAAAUAAAUAUACAAUAAUACCAAA